ACUUGUGCUGCAUUCUGAGCUGACGAGUGUGUGUCGAGCAGAAGAAGAUGAAGAGCUUUCUCAUGCUGAUGUUCCUGUGCUAUAUGGUAAAACUCACCACCUCUGACAGUGUGAGAUUGGUGAACGGCAAUAGUCGCUGUGCUGGUAGAGUGGAGGUUUUUCAUGAUGGUCAGUGGGGAACAGUGUGUCAUUGGGCCUGGGAUAUGCCUGAUGCUGCAGUGGUUUGUAGAGAGCUGGACUGUGGAGAACCUGUAGAUGCUCUGGGUGAUGCUCAUUUUGGACGUGGAUCAGGACCAAUUUCAAUGGGUUUUAUGCUCUGUAGUGGAUCAGAGACUGCACUGAAAGACUGCACGUCAGAU